AUGAAGGACUGGCUGGAGCAGCUGAAGGCGAAGCAGCUGACACAGGAUGAUGAUGCCGAUGAGGUGGAGAUGGCUAUUGACAACACAGAGAUGGAGGAGACUGGGCUCAACGUGGACAAGAUCUCAGAGCAUGUGGAGGAAGCAAAGAAACUCUACAGUAUCAUUCUGUCUGCACCAAUUCCAGAGCCAAAACCCAAGGAUGACCUGGAGCAGCUCACAACCGAGCUCAAGAAAAGGGCCAACAAUGUCCUCAACAAACUAAAGAGCCUGGAGAGGCACAUUGAAGAAGAUGAAGUCCGCUCAUCAGGAGACCUUCGGAUUCGGAAAUCUCAGCACUCCGUCCUCUCUGGGAAGUUUGUGGAGGUGAUGACCAACUACAAUGAGGCUCAGGUGGACUUUCGUGAACGCAGCAAAGGGCGAAUCCAGCGGCAGCUUGAAAUUACUGGCAAAAAGACAACCGAUGAGGAGCUGGAGGAGAUGCUAGAGAGUGGCAACCCUGCCAUCUUCACUUCUGGGAUCAACUCGCAGAUUUCCAAGCAAGCCCUCAGUGAGAUCAAGGGUCGGCAUAAGGACAUUGUGAGGCUGGAGAGCAGCAUUAAAGAACUUCAUGACAUGUUUAUGGACAUCGCCAUGCUGGUGGAGAACCAGGGCGAGAUGUUAGAUAACAUAGAGUUGAAUGUCAUGCACACAGUGGACCAUGUGGAGAAGGCACGGGACGAAACUAAAAGAGCUGUGAAAUAUCAGGGUCAGGCCCGAAAGAAAUUGAUAAUUAUCAUUGUGAUAGUAGUUGUGUUGCUGAGCAUUUUAGCAUUGAUUAUUGGACUUUCCGUUGGGCUGUAAUGAGUGGCCUGCGGGGCUGUUGCACUGAAAUAACCUGAUUUCACUCCAGCCUGGUGGGACCACCUUUAUCUUCAGAUGGGAAUGGAGUCUGAAUGGCCUUCCUGAGAGCCACGGGAACCCGUUCCUUUGUUUCCUUGUAACCAUCCUUGGACCUGACUCAGCAAUCAAUCUAGCCCUGGAGGAAUCUAACCUACCUGAUGCAACCCAAGUUCUCCUCAAAACCAACUCCUGCCCCAGCAACUGAAGUACCUUUCCUCCUGGACCAUAUGAACUGACCCAGAUUUUUCCCUCCUGUGGUGUGUCAAAUUAUGCGUUGCACCUUGGAAAUCCCAUGUGAGACUAUCCCAAGGUGCUGCAUCUUCUACCUCAUGGAGUAUACUCCCAGAAAUUACAGUGUAUUUUUCUAGGGGAGUAUCUUUAACAAAGCAGAUGGAUUCUUCUAAAUUUGGCAACAAUAGGAUUUAGAUGGGAGACUUCUGCAUGGCAGGAUGCCAGUCCUGUCGGUCCUGAAAACAUGAGUGACUGGCAGAUGCCAUUUUGGUCCAAAAAGUUGACUUGCUUGAAAUUCAACUUCAAAUUAAGCUUUUAAUAAGAUAAACCUGGGGGCCAAUUUGGUCUUUCUCUAGGUUGUGUUCUCAUGUUUACUCAAAGAGGGACCAAGAUGAUAAUCAUCUGAGGUUGCCAUUUUCAAAGGCUAAGGAUUUGGAAUAUUUGUUUCCCUAUGAAUUUUGGAAACUGGCUUUUCACCUUUGGAGUGACUCUUUGUGAAGCUGUUGCCCUGAGGCCAAAAUUAACCAGGGAUUUAAAAUUGGGCUGGGGACAAGGUGCUAGAGUCUCAGACUCUGAAAAGGUUUCAUGAGGCUGAGUGUUCAGUCACUCAUGUGUUCAGGUGUAUUUUUAAAAGUGUGUAUGUGAGAUGCAUGUACAUAUAUGUGUCUGUUUCUCAGGAAAUAGGAAACUAGAAAAGAAAGACACUAUGACCUCAAAAAUUAAAAAAAAAAAACUUUUUUGAGCUAGACUAAAAAUUAGAUAAGUUGCUUUUGUUUACCUGCAAAUGAAUCAUUGUAGAAAUAUGAUCAUCUUAUGUCAUCAACAAAGUUGUUUUCUAGAAGAGAACUGGGAGAAUCAAAUGAGAUAUUCAGACUGAGGACUGAGUUGAUUUCUGGUUUCUGUGCAGCAGGUACAGGUGUAAUGGUUUGACACCUCUCCCUAUCUGCUGCCUCCACUAGGCUUUCCCUGAGAACAUCCCACAGCAAUCCACAUGACCUAUGGGAUGUCCUGUUUUAGAUGGAGUUAGUUGGAGAGACCCGAGACUACCUGCUACUGGGUGAAUGAGCUUGACAGGUUCUUUGUUUUCCCCAGUUCUUGUCACAGAGGAAGCAACAGCCAGGAAAUUUUCGUGUAGUGACUGCUAAGCUGUAGGUAGCCUCUUAGAUCCCUGUCAGUCUCCCUGAUUUUGGGUACUAGCUGUACUUCAGCUUUGACAGUAAUGCUUUCUAAGGCAGAGAAAGCACCCUGAUCCAGGCACUGCCUGUUAGCUUCCUGUGCAAAGGCUCCUCACUUCUCACUACCCAGCACUCAGACAGAGCCACAGGGAUGCCCUUCUCCCCAUGGCUACGAUGUUAGAAGACAUGCUGUAAUCUCAGGCCUUUACUGUCAUCUGAGACUGAGGCCUGGGGCUUGAAGUUUGGAAUGCAACACAUGAAGGGUUUUUGUAUGUUUUUAA